AGGCGAGAAGGCUUGGGGAUUCGGAUUCAGUGGGACAAGCAGAGCCGCCCGUCCUUCAUACACAGGUGGAACCCCUGGUCCACCACCGUGCCCUACACCACGUUCAUCGAACAUCCAAUGGCCGGUGCAGACGAGAAGACAGCCUCUCUGUGCCAACUGGAAAGCUUCAAAUCUCUGCUGAUCCAGGCUGUCAAAAAAGCCCAAAAAGAGAGUCCUUUGCCGGGACAGGCCAACAGCGUGCUGGUCUUGGAGCAGCCUCUCCUCAUCGAGACCUACGUGGGGCUGAUGUCCUUCAUUAACAACGAGGCGAAGUUGGGCUAUUCCAUGACUAGGGGCAAGAUCGGCUUCUAGAGGCCGCACAUGGGGAGCCUCUGGAGAGCCAGGUGGACGAGGGGCUCAGGUGGCAGGCCUUGGGCCCGCUGCCACCGCUGCCAGGGUCAGGCCGCUUCUCUCUAGGGGUCUGAGCACAAUUAGAAUAUAGUCACAUGACUUGUAUACUUUAGGUGGGUAUGGACGUGUGGGCACGAGCUGCAGACUGAUGCAGGCGGCAUGCAGCUGUCGCUGUGCGGGCUGCUCUUUACCUCCAGGAAUUCGUUUCUGCGGUUCUCCUGGAGUCUCCCCUGGGCUUCUCCCGUCCUCCCACCACCCUUGGGCCUAUUAAUAAACGUCCUGUGAUUGACUAGAGUGUCCCCACUGGCCCUUAGCUGUGUGGGUCGUCACCUGGAGGCACCUCACACCAGUGCCCCUAGUCACAAAUAAGUCUACAUCUGAUGUCCAAUAGUGUGUUUGGAAAUGGAAUCCGUUUUUAAUGCUAAAUACUGAAGCAGCAGCAGCCUAGUGAGGCCAGCAGGGGGCAGUGCCUGUCAGCUCCCACACAGACAGCUGCUCUGGUGUAAACAGGUGUCUGGUCAAAAGUGACACUUUUUCUUAAAGUUGAUCUGUAUUACUAUCUGUGGUGUCUUUCUCAGGCCUAGAAACUGCUGAAAGUCAUUUGCAGAAAAGUCAUUGAUUUGAGAAAGUCACCUGAAUAGUUCUUUGCCCCCAGUUUUGACAGCUGCUAUAUUCAGAGUUUGUAUUGUUACAGUCAGUGGUGGUUAAACAGGAAAUCGCUUCCUUUGCUUUUAAAGAAAGCACUUUAAAAACAAACAAAGGAACCAGGUUCUCACAAAGCAGCUCCUACACAGACACAGGCUUCCUCGGGGGGCUUGUCUCACCCACGCCUGGGCCUUGCACCAGGGAGCCUGUCACCGUGGGGGCUGCAGCCCGCCGCCCCUGCGCCGCCACGGCUUGCUGCUGCGACUGGAGUGUUUGCUGAUAUACCUGUUGAAAGAGUGCUGGCUCCCCAGUUUCCUCGUGUCCAGCCCCGGGGUGGCCGUAUGGGGUGGACAGGACCCAGCGUAGCCACCUGUGCGCUCGGAAGGCGGCCUGUGCGCUCGCUGGCCCUGAGCCCCUGCUUUCAGUCUUGUAGUAAAUACACUUAGAACCACU